AUGGCCGCCCUGUACGACGUACUGUGGCCGUGCGCGUCCCGGGAUUCGGGGGUGGCAGGCUUCACUGUAGCCACGACCCAUCUCGUCGCCGUUAGGGGGGAGUUUAAGGUUAUAAACCAUGGGAUCAGUCAAACUGUCAUGGACCGUGCCGUUGAAGUAGCUUCAGAUUUCUUCAAACUGCCAAGUGAGACAAAGCAGGAGUUUGCAUCAGACGACAUCCGAAGGCCUGUUAGAUACGGCACCAGCUCAAAGGACGGCACUCGUCCGUCACGGGCAUUCCUAAAGCAUUAUGCCCAUCCCCUCAGUGAAUGGAUGAAAUAUUGGCCAGAAAAACCACCAACCUACAGGAAAAACAUGGGAAAAAUUUCAGCUGAAGUAAGGAGGGUGGCUCUGCAGCUGAUGGAAGCCAUACUUGAAGGCCUAGGACUGGGCAAAGACUACCAGCAUGAAGAAUUUGAGAGAGGAUUGCAGCUACUGCAAGUGAACUGCUACCCGAAAGAACCAGAAAGCGAAUCGGCGAUAGGGCUGGCGCCACAUUCCGACCACGGAUUUCUUACCAUCUUGCUCGCGAGCUGCCCGGGCCUGGAGGUCCUUGACCGCAGUAGUGACACUUGGAGGGUGGUCCAGCAACCCCGGCACGCGUUGCACGUCCACGUAAGGGACUACAUGGAGGUUCUGAGCAAUGGCAGGGUGAAGACCGUCGUGCACCGUGCUGUCCUGAACCCUGGAGAGGCGAGGAUCUCCAUGGCGAGCAUCCAUAGUUUUGCAAUGCACGAGAAGGUCUCCGUUGCCAAGAAGCUGGUGGAUGAGCAAGAUCCUGAGAAAUACAAGGAGAGCAGCUUCAGUGACUUCCUGGACUACCUCAUGAGCAAUGCAGACAAGAAGCGCAUGAGCUUUCUUGAGAGCCUUAGGAUUUGA